GUCCACGGCGAGCCCAUGGAGGUCUCCGCACCAGCUCUCCCCCCACUCCGGGGACCCCGGCCGGACCAGCGGGGUGAGGACGAGGCCCCCGCAGCCGGGCCGGCCGGCGGGGGGGGGGAGCCAGGCCUCCAAACCACAGUGUCCAAAGGGCGUGGCUGCCGCAGGCCCACCCAAGGCCCGGGUCUGCGGGUGGGGUGGCCCCCCGCCCUGGCAGGGCCGGGCGUCUGGUGGGCGGCGCUGCCUCGGGACCGGGUGGUCUGUCGGCCAGAGCGGGUGCUGGCCUGGGAGCCAGAAGGAGCCGGCAGCAGGGGGCACGGGGACCGAGUGGCCCAGCCCCUUGGGCAGGGUGUCAGGGCAGGAGCCCAGAGCGCCGACGCUCCGGCCAGGCCCCAGCUCCAGCCUGGGGACAGGAGCUGGGCAGAGCGACUUGCCACACAGUGGGGCCUGGAGGAUGAGGAGGAGAAGUCCCAGGAGCGACGUUGGAGGGAGAGGGACAGCCUGCAGGACCAGGACCAGGACCAGGACCAUGGUGGCCAGUCCCCGGAGUCCCCGGGGUCCCCGGAACAGGAGAAGCUCCUGAAGUCCCCGGACCAUCCCGGACUGGACGAGGAUGAGGGGUUCAGCGACUGGGCCCAGAAGCCGGAGCAGCAGCCACUGGCUCUCGGAGCGGGUGUGGAGGAGGAGCUGGAUGGGGACAGGCCCUGUGGGGACCAGGGUGGUGACGAGCUGAGCCCCACCGGAGCCCGCUUGGAGGGACUGCGUCUGCGCCCUGGCUCAGGGCCCCUGGAGGGGCCAGGGCCGGAGGGCACAGGGCCCGUGGGCCCCGAGGAAACCGGUCAGAACAGCCUGGGCCCCGCAGAGGCCUGGGGGGCGGAGGAGCAGCCCCAGGAAUAUCAGCAGCCCAGGACACCGAGUCCCUUGGUCCUAGAGCAGACCACAGAGCCCGGCUCCCCUCCCCUGAGCCCCAGCACCAAACUCACCGACAGAACUGAGUCCCUGAACCGCUGUGUGCAGAAGAGUAACAGUGUGAAGAGGUCCCAGCCAGUCCUGCCCAUCUCCAAGAUCGAAGAGCGCCUGGAACAGUACACCCAGGCCGUCGAGACUGCUGGCCGGACCCCCAAGUUAGCCCGUCAGCCCUCCAUCGAGUUGCCCAGCAUGACCGUGGCGAGCACCAAGAGCCGGUGGGAGAUGGGAGAGGUGCAGGCUCAGUCUGCGCCCAAGAGCCCCUCCUGCAAGGACAUUGUAGCCGGGGACAUGAGCAAGAAGAACCUCUGGGAACAGAAGGGAGACUCCAAGAUGCCCACGGCAGCUAAGAGCACCCCAUCCGGGAAGAGGUACAAAUUUGUGGCCACGGGACAUGGGAAGUACGAGAAGGUGCUGAUGGACGAGGGUGCGGAACCCUAGGCCUCCCCCCUCGCGUCCUGAGGCCUAGUGCCGCAGGCGGCCGUCUCCCGCCGUGCGCCCCCUCCGCGCUCCUAGGGGGCGUCCACCCGAUGCCCACCCCCUGCCCCGCCGAAGACGCUGCUGCCCGCGGCCCGCCUGGCUGCCCGCGCCCCUCCACGAGCUGCCGCUGCUGCCACCUCUGUCCCCCGUGCUCCCUCACCUGCCGACUCUGCCCUCACAGCCGGGGAGGGAAGGGGCUCUCCCGGGUGCUUAGCCGCGGGGACCGUCCCCACCGAGGCCGGUGCCCGCCUGGCCCCCUGCUUGCGGCCCUCUGUCAUGCACAAUAAAGCUCUUUCUGUCCCCA